AAGAUGUACUAUCACCCGCCUUCUUCAUGACAUCAUAUCCUUGCUGGGCCGGUAUUUAAAGUGUCUAUCACCUCUCUCGCUCCAUUAGCGCCGCCGCAGUUUAUUCAGCGCAUGCGGCCGCGCACGAGGGGCUUUGAAACCUCUCCGUCACGCGAUCUGUCUGUCUGUCUGUCUGUCUGGAGGAGUUUGAAACCUCAAUGGUCUCUUCUACCCACAGCGCACCGAACACCAGAUCUGAAUUUCAGGCUAGAGAGAGAGAGAGAGAGAGAGAGAGAGAGAGAGAGAGAGAGAGAGAGAGAGAGAGAGAGAGAGAGAGAGAGAGAGAGAGAGCAGGCUGUUUCCUGCACCGUUCACUGCAGUAUCAUUAGCAGUAUUGUAAAUUCCCUAUUUAUAGAGCUAUAUAUUUGUGCAUCAAUACCCGAGUCCUGGAAAAUGCUGUCAAUCGGAUUGGCUGUGCUGGCGGUCACGACCAUGGGACAAGUGGUCUCCUUGCCUCUUCCCUUUCAGCUGACAAAGGAAGAUGAAAAGGUGACUAAGUGUGUGAUUGAGGUUUUAGCAGACACCUUGUCCAAACUUGCCUCCAGCCCCAUCGACACCAACUGUGCCAGAAUCCUCAGGGAAGACGAGCGGAUUCUCGCAAUGCUGCGUCAUGAGAACCUGCUGAGAGAGUUGCAGGAGCUGGCCCAUUCCGAGAAGCAGGAGAUGGCAGGCGGCCUGGAGAAGAAGGGUGCGGGAUCAGGCGCCACACAGCGAGGAGGGGGCGGAGCCAAGGAGAGAGAAGAGGUUGAGGAGAAAGAGAACCAGCGGGAGGAGGCAAAGGAGAGAGAGAAGGAGGUGGUGACAGAGGUGAAGGUGGAGAGGGAGGGAGUGAAGCACGAAGAGAGAGGAGGAGAAAAGGAACAAGGGGAGAAAGAUGAGAAGAGGGGGAAUGUGAAAAAGAGCGAUAGGGAGCUGGAAGAACUGUUUGAGGAUGAGAAGAAAAGAGGGAAUGAGAAAAAGAGUGAUAGAGAGCUGGAAGAACUGUUUGAGGAUGAGAAGAAAAGAGAGAACAAGAAAAAGAGUGAUAGAGAGCUGGAAGAACUGUUUGAGGAUGAGAAGAAAAGAGGGAAUGAGAAAAAGAGUGAUAGAGAGAAAGAGGAGGAGGAGGCAGAGGAGAUAGAAACACUGGAAAGGGAAGCUUUCAGGAUCGAGAAACUACUGGAGGAAAUGAAAGUGAAGAAUCAAGAGGAGGAGGAGGAGGACAGGAAGAGAGGAGAAGUGAAGAAGAGGCACUUCAGAGAGGGAGAGGAAAUAGACGAGGAGGAAUACAGAAAGAAGAGGCGAGAGAGCGAGGAGGGGUGGGAGGAAGACAUCGAGGAGAAGAAGAGAGUGGAGGAGAAGGCGAGCGAUGAGGAGACGAGGCAGUUCGAAAAUGAGAGAGGGGCUGGGAAUAAGAGACACCCUCCCCACUCACACUCGCAUGAGCAGGGGGUACCUCUGACGAAAAGACACCAGCAGGAACAGGAAGCAGAAUCGCUGCUCUUCCUGGACAAGAGACAGCACCCUGCGAGACAGGAGGAGGAGGAUGAGGAGGAGGAGGAGGAGGAGGAUUUCAGGAGGAAGGAGGAGCACGAGAACCUCUUGGAGAUCGAGGCCCAGCUGAGGAAAGUGGCAGAGAAGCUGAGCCAGAUCAGAAAGGGUUAACGAGCCAGCCCCCUCAACGGCGCGCUCUGCAGUGUGUGAAAUAGAUAGAUAUAUAUACUGUUGAUUCAUUUCUGUUUUUGGUUUUUAUUGAUUUGUUAAUGAUUUUAUUUGCUGUGUGAUCUGGGUGGGGGGUCAAGUCCUGUUUCUCAAAUUCCAAUUCCAUUCAAAUUCCUUUUUUAUAAUCAGUCCCUGUUACCUUCUAAUCAAUUCCAACACGUCCAAAUUGAUCUGAAUUGCAGUCCACAGUAUUCGGUUAAAAUGAGCUUCACACAGAGGCUGCAGCAUCAUUACUUCAACUGUUCAGUCGCUACUUGUUUGUCAACUCAAUCAGCUUUAAAUGAGAGCAGCUGAACAAUCACAACAGUUAUUAUGAAUGCCUCUAAAGUAUCAAUUCCAAGUAUCAAUUGCAGGAGUUGACCCUGUCUGUGCAAGGCACUGGACUGCAGUCUGGGUGACAGUGUCAAGCCCAGCCAGCAGCCAGGUUUGUGGCUUAAAAGUAUUUAUAGGGUGACAGCUACUUAGAAACUGCUUAGAAAUCUCACCAAUAACAUGCUGCUUCAUAACUGCUGUUUCAUGCACACACAUUAAAAGUAUACACACCCCAUUGGAAAUUUAUAAUUUCUAGAAAUUUCUCGAAAACAAUUAUAGGAAAUAUCUGCUUUUGUGAAUGAGAAUGAGAAAAAUUACAAGAAAUAGACAAUUAUUUAUUUGAGCAUUUUUUUAAAAAGUAUUCAUACCUGACAAGGAAAAUGAAAUUAAUAGCUAGUUGAGUCAUCUUUAACAAUAAUAGCCUCUUUUAAACGAUUAGGAUAUUUGUCAAUGAGCUUUUAGCAGAUUCUUUAGUGAUUUUUGACCAUUCUUCAACGCAAAAUUGUUCCAUUUCAUUAAAAUUCCGAGGAAUUCUCUUGUGCAGAGCAUUCUUCAACUCAUACCAAAGAUUCUCAAUUGGAUUUAGAUUGGGACUUUGACCCGGCCAUUCCAGAAUCUUCAUUUUAUUCUUCUUUAAGUGUUCUGAAGUAGAUUUUUUGAUGCCUGCUUUGGAUCGUUGCUGUGUUGGAACGUCCAGUAGUGCUUUAAACCAAGUUUUGUAAAGGAGGGUUUCAGAUGAUUGGCCAAUAUCGUUUGGUAUGCUACAGAAUCCAUUUUCCCAUGUACUGGAACUACAUUUCCCGUGCCAUUAGAGGAAAAACAGCCCCACAGAAGAAGAUUACCACCUCCGUGAUUAGUAGUAGGUAUGGUUCUCUUUCCUUUGUACGCCUCGCCAGACCACUUCCAAACGACUAUCAGCGUGAUCAAAUAGCUCGAUUUUUGUUUCAUUUGACCAGAUCUCAUUUGUUUUCAUUUGACCAGAUCUCAUUCAAAUGCCAUUUGCUGAAUUAAAUAAUUGGAGACAACUAUUUCUUGUAACUUUUGUCCUCAUCCACAAAAGCAAAACAUUUGCUUCAAAAGAUUUAUCCUAAAAUUCUGUUUUUGAGAAAUUCCUAGAAAUAAUAAAUUCCCAUUGGGGUAUGUAGACUUUUGACUACAACUGUAUAUGUGU